CUAGUUCCGUCUAAUCCAGCCGGCUGCAGCUGACCGUGUAAAAAAAAAAUUGAUUGACAACAAAUUGCAGAAAAUCAUAAAAAAUGCCCAUUAACUAAAUAUUAAAGUAAUAAAAAGUCAGACAGUCGAUGACAAGCAUAAAACAUACAAGAGGAACGGUCAUCGAAACAUAAAAUAUGGAAAUAAAUCAGCAAUCGAUCAAAUCGCUCAAGACGAAGCGCAACACUUUGCGGGAGAAGCUGGAAAAACGAAAGAAGGAGAGAAUAGAAAUAUUGUCAGACAUUCAGGAAGAUCAAGCCAAUCCAAAAAAGGAGCUAGUUGAAGCAGAUGUUGAAGUACAGAAGGCUGUCCUCCAGACACUCAGUGCUUGCACUUUGUCCCUGCCCAUUGUGUCAACCCAGGUGGUGGAGAAAAUUGCCGGUAGCAGUCUGGAGAUGAUCAAUUUCAUAUUGGGAAAGUUGGCCAACCAGGGAGCAAUUGGAAUUAGGAAUGUUACCAUCGGUACGGAAACCGGUUGCGAGAUCAUCUCAGUCCAACCAAAAGAGCUAAGAGAGAUUCUUGAGGACAUUAUUGAUAACUGUCAGCAGAAAGAGGAGGAAGCCAAGAGAAAAUUGGAGGGACAUAAGGUGGGAGACGAUGAGCAGCCUCCAGAGAAAUGUUCAAAAACGGAUUGCAGCCGGAAGGAAUCGACCAGUCUUGAUGCGUCCGAUGAUAUUAUGAUGCUGCUUUCCAUGCCCUCCACCCGCGAGAAGCAAAGCAAGCAGGUGGGCGAGGAGAUUUUGGAGCUGUUAACCAAGCCCACGGCAAAGGAACGCUCUGUAGCAGAGAAAUUCAAAUCGCAUGGUGGGGCCCAGGUCAUGGAGUUUUGUUCCCAUGGUACAAAGGUUGAGUGUCUUAAGGCUCAGCAAGCCACCGCUGAGAUGGCUGCAAAGAAGAAGCAAGAGCGGCGAGAGCAGAAAGAACUGCGAGCUAAUGUCGAAUCCAGAAACAGUAAACUUGCCAAAACUGCCAUCGAUUCAGGCGCUGAGGAUGGCGAAAUAAUAUCCGAAUCUAUCACCAACUGUGAGGGUGAAUCUCAAGAGUCCACCGAUGGCAGCGACACAUCCGGCGAGACUGAUAAAUGCACCAAACUUCAUUUUAAAAAGAUUAUCCAGGCCCACACAGACGAAUCUCUGGGCGAUUGCAGUUUCCUGAACACCUGCUUCCAUAUGGCUACGUGCAAGUAUGUGCAUUACGAGGUAGACACAUUGCCCCACAUCAACACCAACAAGCCGGCGGAUGUUAAAACUAAGCUGAGCCUGAAGCGAAGUGUGGACUCUAGUUGCACAUUGUAUCCUCCGCAGUGGAUUCAGUGCGACUUGCGUUUUCUUGACAUGACCGUUCUGGGAAAAUUCGCAGUGGUUAUGGCUGAUCCUCCUUGGGAUAUACACAUGGAACUGCCCUAUGGCACCAUGUCCGACGAUGAGAUGCGUGCAUUGGGCGUUCCGGCCUUACAGGAUGAUGGGCUCAUCUUUCUCUGGGUCACCGGCCGAGCCAUGGAGCUGGGUCGGGAUUGUCUGAAAUUGUGGGGCUACGAGCGAGUAGAUGAACUUAUCUGGGUUAAAACGAAUCAACUGCAACGAAUUAUUCGAACUGGACGAACCGGCCAUUGGCUUAACCAUGGCAAAGAGCAUUGCCUGGUGGGCAUGAAGGGUAAUCCCACCAAUCUGAAUCGUGGCCUCGACUGCGAUGUCAUUGUAGCUGAGGUGCGAGCCACAUCCCAUAAGCCAGAUGAAAUCUAUGGCAUUAUUGAACGCCUAAGUCCAGGCACACGAAAAAUCGAACUCUUUGGACGGCCGCAUAAUAUUCAGCCCAAUUGGAUAACGCUGGGCAAUCAACUCGAUGGCAUUCGACUUGUCGAUCCUGAAUUAAUAACACAGUUCCAGAAACGCUAUCCCGAUGGCAAUUGUAUGUCGCCGGCUGCUGCCAGCGCUGCGGCAGCUAUUAAUGGUAUAAAAAAGUAGUUUCCCAACGAAUUUUCUAAUUAUCUUCGAUAGAUAAGAUUUGAAGCGACUCCACACUUUAUGCAUAAGCACAAGUUUAGAAUUAAGUUUUAAAAAGUUUUGUAAAAAUAAUAAAACUGACAAGUAUUAAGCAUGUUUAUAGAAUUUUAAAGUCUAA